AUGUUUAACGGCCUCAUCGCCUUCUCCAUCACUACGCAAGCCGACCCCCCCGUCACCAUCAAAGGUCUUCAGACCUCACCAGAAUCACCGCUUCCCCCACUCCUCCUCCUCCACGGCUUCCCGCAAACCCGUCACAUGUGGCAUCGCAUCGUCCCACACCUCACCACCACGUACAACCUCAUUAUCCCUGACCUCCGCGGCUAUGGCGAAUCAUCCAAACCGCCCUCUAUAGCGGCCUACGCCAAAUCCGCCAUGGCAAAGGACAUGAUAGCCCUCAUGAACCACCUCAACCACGAGACGUUCUUCACGACCACGGCGCCCGGGUCGCCCACAAGCUCCUCGUCGAUUAUCCCAUCCACUCAAGAAUUCGCGACUGCGUAUUUCCACUGGUUCUUCUUAAUUCAGCCUGCGCCGCUACCAGAGACGCUGAUAUCCGCCACGCCGCGCAAGUUUGCAGAGCUGUACAUGGGCGGGAAGGAUGGGAAGCGGUUAGAUGUCUUCGACGAGGCGUGCUACGAGGAACCUCGAAUCGUCCGCGCCUGUCCCAUCAUCACAAGCAAUUGGUUGCGCCUCGCGUCCCCCGUCUGCCAUCAUCAACCACCACCACCACUGACCUACCCCGCCAUCACCUCAUCAGUGUCGUCGCCCUCGACUUAUACCCACCAUUGCCGGCAACUAUCAUCCUUCCCACCUCACCCAUCAGCUCCAACAACCUGCUCAUACUCCCAGACCCAGCCCGCCCCAAAACCACCCAGCAUGGCCCCCGUCCCAGCCACAAUGAAGGCCGUCCAAGUCUCCAAAACCGGCGGCGUCGAAGUCCUCGAGUACAAGGACGUGCCGGUCCCUACCCCCAAGGAGGGCCAGGUCCUCGUCAAGAAUGAGUUUGCAGGCGUCAACUUCAUCGACACCUACUUCCGCAGCGGCCUCUACAAGCUCAACCUCCCCGUGAUCCUCGGCAGCGAGGCAGCCGGCGAGGUCGUAUCUCACCACAAGGACGUGACCGACCUGCCCGUCGGCACCAAGGUCGUGUACAUGGACUCGCAGGCCUAUGCGCAGUACACGGCCGUCCCCGCAUCCAGGGUCAUCGCCAUCCCGGCCGGCUUGACGACGGAGCAGGCGGCCGCCUCGUUCCUGCAGGGCCUCACGGCGUGGACGUUUAUUCGAGAGGCCGGCAACGUGCAGCCGGGCCAGUGGGCGCUUGUGCACGCCGCCGCGGGGGGUGUUGGGCAGCUGCUCGUCCAGAUGCUCAAGAGCCUGGGGGCAAAGGUGAUUGGCACCGCCAGCACGCAGGAGAAGUGCGACCUGGCCAAGAAGCUCGGCGCCGAGUGGACGGUGAGCUCCAAGGACGAUGUGGUUGCGAGGGUGAAUGAGAUUACGGGCGGACAUGGCGUGGAUGCCAUUUUCGACGGCGUGGGCGCGGCCACGUUCGACGCCGACUUGCAAAUGAUUGCUUUGAAGGGGCGUCUGGUGUCUUUUGGCAACGCUUCUGGUCCGGUGCCUGAUUUCAGCAUCUUUCGCCUCUCUGACAAAAAUGUCACGCUUCUGCGACCAAAGGUUCACGGCUAUGUUUCCGAGAGGAGGGAUCUGGAGAAGUACUCUGCCGAGUUAUUUGAAAAGAUUACCUCUGGCCAGGUUAAAAUUGCCAUCCAUGACAUUUAUCCCCUGAAGGAAGUUGGGCGUGCUCACUCUGAUCUUGAGAGCCGCAAGACCAAGGGCAAGCUUCUCCUUAGUGUCGAGUAA